AUGUCGGAUCAACGUGCAUCUAAACGGAAGGCAGCAGAUGACCUUCAGUUGCCUUCAAAACAACGAGCGUGUCUCACUUCACUCGAUACUCAAGGCAACGCAAUCAAGCCCACUUCAAUCCUGUCUAUCCUCCGUGCCAAUUGCCGUGAGCGCCUCUAUGUUAAACCCAUUGCCUGGAUCUCGAGGCAGUUGCGACACCUAGAUUGCAAAUUCGCGGCGGAGAAGAACCCGCAGACGAAGAAAGAUCGGCCACCGCAAUCAGAAUCACAGGACCCUAACAUUCCUGAAACACGGCGAAGUAGAGACAACCUGCCGACAGCUCGGACAUCUUCAGAUCUCCUUCGCGCAAUGACGCAUCUCCCAGGGUGUAGGGGUCAAUUCGUCAAGAAACUAGCCAUCAGGAACAUCCUUUCUCUGAAUACUUAUCUUUCUAUUUCAGUUGUCAGUCCGCCGCAAAGGUCGCUCCAAAAGAACCACAUAAAUGGUCGGCCUUGUGGUUUCGAUAAUUACCCUGUCAUAAGGAUUCGCAAUAAGCAUUUGCGAUUGAUUAAGCCCCAUAAUCCAGCAGAGGACCCAUAUAUCAUGGCGAUGCUGAUUGCCCUAGCCCAGGAGCAGCGGCGGCGCCAACAAGAUGCAGAUAGUCAGCACAGAGCCAGAACAACCGCGUGCCAGAUAACACAGCAAGAUGACAACACUGCAGCAUCUUGUCCGGCCAUAGCGCCGAUUUGUCGAAAUCCAGACCAGUCUUUCAAGGUCAACGUACUCGCCAUUUCUGGCGCACGGACGGAGCUCCUCUAUGUCUACACUGCUAACAUUUCGGCUGAAUUUCUCAAUGGAUUUGAUGAGCCAUCAUGUGGUCUACCGAGCUUGCCAAUUGUCGCAACAUACCGUUGUAUUCCUCUGAAAAGCCGCAGGAAUGCCGUGAAGAUGCUACAUGGGCUGGUCUGUGCUGGCAGCCUACUCUUCCUCGGAGCUCGUUUCCCCGUCUCUCGCAGUCCUACAAUCUCCCCCGCCUCAGAGCUUAAACCAAGCCUUUCCUCGGUAUCACCUGCUCCAGCCUCAUCAACACGGCCAACUCGUGUCAUUGUGGCAAUGACCGGCGCCACCGGCGCAAUUCUAGGAAUCCGUCCCCUCGAGCGCCUCCGAGCACACAACGUCGAGACACACCUAAUCAUCAACCGCUGGGCCACCGAGACCAUCAAAUACGAGACCCGGUACACAAUCAAGCAAAUCCGCGCUCUUACAUCGCGGACGUACCCCGGGAACGACGCGGCCGCCGCCGUGGCGAGUGGCUCGUUCCAGACCGACGCGAUGGUCAUCGUGCCAUGCAGCAUGAGAACGCUUAGUGCGGUGCGGACGGGAUUUGCCGACGACUUGAUCUGCAGAGCAGCCGAUGUAACGCUGAAGGAGAAGAGAAGGUUGGUGCUAGUGGUGCGAGAGACGCCGCUCAGCUGCAUUCACCUGGAGAACAUGUUGACAUUGGCUCGGUACGGGGCGGUGAUCUUUCCGCCCGUGCCUGCCUUCUAUACCAUGCCGGAGGGAGUGGAAGAUAUGGUCACGCAGAGUGUGGGGAGGAUGAUGGACAUGUUGGGACUGGAGACCGAUGGAUUUCGACGUGGCCAGGUCAAGGCAGCCAAGAAGAGAGAUGCAAAGGUCCGUGGUGGGCCGACUCUCAUGGAUCCCUCCCCUCUCGUCCACGGCCCAACCCAACCGUAA